AUGGCCUCCCUCGCAUCCCUCCGCGGCCUGCGCCCGACCCUCACAUCCCUCGCCUCGACAUCACCGAGCACAGCCUCCCGUGCCCUCUCGACCUCGGCUCCCCUCGCCGCCCGCAAAGUAACCUCGUCCUCGGGCGGUGGCACCCCGGAGUACGCCGGCCGUGUCGCCAACCUCCGCCAGCACCUCUUUGCCCAGGCCCCGCCCCCUUUGCGUAUGGCCCGUAACCGUCACCUGCGCCACUGGACCAUCCACCGCGCCUGGCUCCUCCUCCAGCGCCAGCAGCGCGAGGCCCGCGAGCGGGAGCUUAGUCGCAUGCAGCAGAGCAUGUACGCCGCCAACGAGGAGCUCCGCCGCUCCGCCGGUCCGGGCACUAGGGACGAGGGCUGGCUGUACCGCGUCUCCCAGGAGAAGAAGGGCGUCUACGGCCCCGGCGCCGUGCCCAUCGAGUACGCCCGCCAGCAGACCGAGACUCCCGCCCGCCAGGCAUGGAACCACGAGUGGAAGCGGUAG